AUGGACACAGACAUGGUCCUUUGCAGCAGCCCAGAUCCAGAUGUCACCAUGGUCCUCAUUGGCAACACAGGUCACUCGGUCCAGCAUGGACCCAAUGGCAUGGCCUUGGAACACCCACCACACCCAAAUUACUUCCUGUACACCACUUCUUUUGCAAACUGGUCUUCUACUUCCUUUAACAAUGGGAACAAGACUGAAUUAGAACGGGCAUUUGGCUAUUAUGGACCGCUCCGAAGUGUGUGGGUUGCUCGAAACCCUCCUGGCUUUGCUUUCAUUGAAUUUGAGGAUCCCCGAGAUGCUGCUGACGCUGUCCGAGAGCUAGAUGGAAGAACACUAUGUGGCUGCCGAGUAAGAGUGGAGCUGUCGAAUGGUGAGAAAAGAAGUCGGAAUCGUGGCCCCCCUCCUUCUUGGGGUCGUCGCCCUCGAGAUGAUUACCGUAGGAGGAGUCCUCCACCUCGGCGAAGAUCUCCAAGAAGGAGAAGCUUCUCUCGAAGCCGGAGCAGGUCACUUUCUAGAGAUAGGAGAAGAGAGAGGUCUCUGUCUCGUGAGAGAAACCACAAGCCGUCUCGAUCUUUCUCUAGGUCUCGUAGCCGAUCUAGGUCAAAUGAAAGGAGGUGA